AUGAAUCUCAACCUCUCCGGCACGGUAAAUGUGUUCAAACUUCUGUUCAAGCCCACGCUGUGUCUGCCGCAGCAUACGGUCGCGACGUUCAACGACCUGCCCAUUCCGUUUGAAAAAGCCUUUGAGGGCCAGAAUCGGAAAUGCGACAUCAGGGCCGUGGUGCUCGACAAGGACGACUGCUUCGCGGUUCCCCACACCAACGAGGUCCACAAGCCCUACAAGGAGCGCUUCGAGCAGCUCAAGGCCGCGUAUCCUGGCCGCCGGCUGGUCAUCGUCUCCAACACGGCCGGAGCGACGUCCUAUGACAGCUCCCUCAAGCUGGCCAAGGAGCUCGAAGAGGCCACCGGCAUCACCGUCCUGCCUCACAAGACGAAGAAGCCCGGCUGUGGCUCCGAGAUUAUGGAGUACUUUCGCAAGCACCCCGAGACGGGCGUCUCCCAUCCGUCUCAGGUUGCCGUCGUCGGCGAUCGCUUGACCACCGACAUGAUGCUGGCCAACAUGAUGGGCGGCUGGGGAUUUUGGAUCAGAGAGGGUGUUAUUGCUCCCGAGAAGAAGAGCAUUCUCUCUAGACUUGAAUGGCGACUGGCAGCAGCGUUGACUGCCAGGGGGUACAAAGCAGCCGACCCCCAGAGUCCUUUUGAGUAG